UGAGCAUUUUCUGACAGAAUUGCAGGGGUGCCAAUACUUUUGGCCAGCACUGUAAACCAGCGAUGCGUGAUGUGGCAGUUAUUCUUCCACUAGAUGGCAGGACAGUCAACCUUCUUUCAAUAGAUUUCCAAUAAUGUGAGAAACGGAGACACAAUCAUUUCCCCAUUGCAUACUCACGAGAUUGCCGUGACAUAAGUCAGUCAAUCAAUAAAUGUAGAAACUCUGGUGUAUUACUUUAUAAAGGGAAAUCAGCAUCUCACAUCAGAGCCCUUUUCAUCACAGUAGGGGAAUCGAGUGGAUCUAGUUGAGCUGUUCCCAUGCAAAAACCGCAUCGAAUCAUCUGACAACAUUCUAGUCCAUAUCAACCAUUCAUGAAUGUAAUUUUUGGUCUGGUUGACCUUUUUUGACGUUCCUGCUGUUUCUUGAGGGCGGAGUGACUAAACCUGUUGACGUCAGUGGGCGGGUUAUAGCGUCACGGGUAGUCUGAGAGACAGGAGGAGGAGGCUGGAAGUGGAAGAAGGACAUGGUCCUCCUCCGCUUGUCACCUUUCGUCAACCACAUCGGGAUUGAGCUACACUUGGUGUGUGCAGGUUUGCUCGCAAUCCACACCGCUUUCGUUUGAGCCCGGAGAAGACUAGUGGCACCUGGAUUGUGCGGCUCCAUGGCCAACUAGCACAUCGAGGCUAACUCGGGUUAGCUUCUGCCGGCGAAUUGGAGUGUCCAUGGCCACUUCACGCGGAUAGCCUAGGAAAUCAUCGAUAUUCCACACAAAUCCUUCACAGAUAAAUACCUGUUUAUACAACUGUUUCUGACAGAGCCUGAAGCAUGACGGUUGUUGGUGUUACUGAAGUUCCAAACAUGGUGCAGAAGUACCAGUCACCCGUGAGGGUAUACAAGUACCCGUUUGAGCUGGUGAUGGCUGCCUAUGAGCGCCGAUUUCCUACAUGUCACCUUAUUCCCAUGUUUGUGGCUAGUGAUGUGGUCGAUGAAGAGACAAGUGAGGACAGAUCCACUCAUAGGAUUGAGCGGCGCUGUGCCCUAGAUGUGGACGCUCCACGUCUUCUCAAACGGUUUGCUGGUGUGGACUAUGUGUACUUCAUUCAGAAAAACACGCUUAACCGAAAGGAGCGAACCCUCCACAUAGAAUCACAUAAUGAGACCUUCUCCAACAGGGUCAUCAUCCAUGAGACUUGCUGCUAUUCGGUCCACCCUGAGAAUGAAGACUGGACGUGUUUUGAACAGUCAGCAAGUCUGGACAUAAAAUCGUUCUUUGGCUUUGAGAGCACAGUGGAAAAGAUUGCAAUGAAGCAAUAUGCCAGCAGCAUCAAAAAGGGAAAAGAAAUCAUAGAGUAUUACCUGAAGGAGCUAGAAGAUGAGGGAAUCACCCAUGUUCCACGAUGGAAUCAAACCUCUCUUCCCCCACCUCCCUCCCGACCAACCAGUCUCUUGACCAGCCCUCCCGCUGACCUCAAAGUCCCUGUUACAGCUGCUGUACCCAUUCCAAUCACUGUUAAUGCCCCGGACAGUGAUUCUCUGGAAGCUAAGCAAGACAGCACUCCCCUUCCUGCAGAUAGUUUAACUGAGAUUCUAGCUGGCACACCUGAAGAUAAAUUAGAUGCUGACUAUAUUAAGCGCUACCUUGGGGAUCUUACCCCCUUGCAGGAGAGCUGUCUUAUCAGGCUUCGUAAAUGGCUACAGGAGACGCACAAGGGAAAGGUGAAAGAUGUUGUACUACAGGAUCUGAUCACGAAUAUUCCUAAGGAUGAACACAUCCUGAGAUUCUUGCGGGCCAGGGAUUUUAACAUGGACAAGGCUCGUGAAAUUCUUUGCCAGUCUCUGACCUGGAGGAAGCAGCACCAAGUAGACUAUCUUCUAGAGACUUGGAGUUCACCACAAGUCCUCCAGGACUACUACACAGGGGGCUGGCACCACCAUGAUCGAGAUGGUCGGCCUUUGUACGUCCUUAGACUUGGUCAGAUGGACACCAAAGGACUGGUCCGAGCUCUUGGAGAAGAAUCACUUCUUAGACAUGUGCUGUCAAUCAACGAAGAGGGUUUGAGACGCUGUGAAGAGAACACCAAGGUGUUUGGUCGUCCCAUCAGUUGCUGGACAUGCCUUGUAGAUCUGGAGGGUCUAAACAUGCGUCACCUGUGGCGACCAGGAGUUAAAGCGCUGCUGAGGAUUAUUGAGGUUGUAGAGGCCAACUAUCCAGAGACGCUGGGACGAUUGCUUAUCUUGAGAGCUCCCAGAGUUUUCCCAGUCCUUUGGACACUGGUCAGUCCAUUUAUUGAUGAAAACACCCGCAAGAAGUUCCUAAUCUAUGCAGGAAAUGACUACCAGGGCCCCGGUGGACUGGUGGACUACAUAGACAAGGAGAUUAUCCCUGACUUCCUGGGCGGUGAAUGUAUGUGUGAGGUACCCGAGGGAGGCUUGGUCCCAAAGUCAAUGUACCGCACUGCAGAGGAGCUUGAGAAUGAAGAUGUUCGUCUCUGGACUGAAACAAUCUACCAAAGCGCCAGCAUCUUCAAAGGGGCUCCACAUGAGCUUCUGAUUGAGAUUAUUGACGCCUCCUCAGUCAUCACCUGGGACUUUGAUGUGUGUAAAGGUGAUGUUGUUUUCAACAUCUACCACUCCAAGCGUGCCCCGCAGCCGCCGCGUAAAGACCCACUCGGAGCGCAUGGUAUCACAUCGCCAGGGGGAAACAAUGUGCAGCUUAUUGAUAAAUCAUGGACACUUGGUCAGGAUUACAGCAUGGUAGAGUCCCCUCUAACCUGCAAGGAGGGAGAAAGUGUACAGGGGUCCCAUAUUACACGUUGGCCAGGUUUCUACAUCCUCCAAUGGAAGUUCCACAACAUGCCAUCCUGCUCGACCACUAAUCUACCUCGAGUAGAUGACGUGCUGGCAACCCUGCAGGUCUCCUCGCACAAGUGUAAAGUCAUGUACUACACCGAGGUGUUGGGCUCCGAGGACUUCAGAACGGCUUGCUGUGACGUGCAGAGUUUGGGUUCGAUGACCAGCCUGGAAUCGAGUCACAGCGGUUUCUCUCAGCUCAGCGCUGCCACCACUUCAUCUAACCAAUCCCAGUCCAGCUCAAUGAUCUCCAGGUAGACCAACUUGUCGGACAGCACGCUCUUCUACAAAGCGAUAACUCCAAGGACUCCUUUACUCAUACUUGUACUCCCUUUUUACUUUUGGAUGCUAACCAGCAGACUAAAAAUAGUGAGUCCAAAAUGGAAAAAAAAACUUUGUGACCUCCUGUUAAAGGGCUGAUUUUUUUUUUUUUUUUUUUUUUUUU